AUGAAAACGUUAAUUUUAUUUUUAAAUAUUACUACAUUCCUUCUUUUAAUUUGGAUAUGUCAAUGUUUUUAUAAUUGUGAUUCCUAUAAAACAUUGAUUGAUAAAUAUAUAUUGCAAACAAAAAAUGAGUUAAAAUAUGAAAGAACAUUAACAGAGGGUGAUAUAGCAGCAUAAAAGCAAUCUUACGCUGAAGGAUGCCCAGAAGAGUGUCCGUUAGAUAAUAAAAAGAGCACAUGGGAAAAUCCGGAUAUAUACAAGAAUCCGUACAAUUAUUGGAAUAAGGUCAUUGCUCCACAAAUGCGGGAGCUAUUUAAUAAAGAAACAAGGGGAAUGGACCCUAUAUUGAAAGAAGAAAAAUGGAAUAAUGAAUGGAAUAAAAUUUCAGCUAACCAAGUUAAAGAUCUAUUAUCAAUAUCUCAUCGACAUGAUAUUUCAGAAAAAGAAAAAGUAAAAUUAAUUGAUAAUGCUAUGGAUGAACUUCUAUUAGAAUUUGAGAUAUUUUUAUACGAAUGUGUGAAUGAGAUGUUAAAAAUAUAUAUAACAGAAACCGAAUGUAGGAAAGAGAUGAGAGAGCAUAAAAGAGAAUCCAAAUCUAAGAAUGAGAUGGGAGACAAUAAAGAAGAAUCCAAAUCUAAGAAAGAGAUCAGAGACAAUAAAACAAAAUCCGAAUCUAUGGAAGAGAUGAGAUACAAUAAAAGAGAAUCCGAAUCUACGAAAGAGAUGAGAGACAAUAAAACAAAAUCCGAAUCUAUGGAAGAGAUGAUAGACAAUAAAACAAAAUCCGAAUAUACGAAAGAGAUGAGAGACAAUAAAACAGAAUCCGAAUCUAAGAAAGAGAUGAGAGAAAAUAAAACAGAAUCGGAAUCUAAGAAAGAGCAGGAAAAAAAUAAAAUAAAAAAAAAGAAAUCAAAUAUUUUCAAAUUUCUUUUUAAUAGGUUUAUUAACCAUUAA